GGGAUGGGCAGACGGUACCUGACGGGCGGCGAAGUGUACCACAAGGGAGUGUUCUUGCGCCAGUGUGAGUUGACAGUGACCAGAGACAUUGGACAAUCGGAGGUCGCUCAGUGGAAGCACAGUGCGUACAACGGAGAGGGUACAGUGAGUGGUGAAUAAUUCAUUGUGAUUGCACAAUAGCUUGCGCCAAAUAUGACGCAGGAGUCUGACAAUUGACAUUUAGCUUGAAUAUCAAAGCGAGUGAGAUCUGAGAAGACGCUUGAGUGCUGGUAAAGUGUAUUGUUUUAUGAGAGCACUGUCGCCAAGGCUCGAGUAGCCACGCUAUGGCAGUGGACUCGCCCAGCUCUGAGCAUCCUACGAGAGGCACAGAACAGGAGAUGCCGAGAGAAAAAUGGCGGACCCAGUGCGACUUCAUCCUCUGCAGUAUCGGCAAGACGGUCGGCCUGGGCAACAUCUGGCGCUUCCCCUUCAUGAGUCUCCGGUACGGUGGCAUCACGUUCCUGUCGGCCUACCUGAUCCUGCUGGUGGUGGUCGGCGUGCCGCUUUACGUCCUAGAGAUCGUUCUGGGACAGUACAGCAGUGCCGGGCCGCGGUCAGUGUUCUCCAGAAUGGCACCCGUCUCCUCCGGCAUCGGCACAGCCAUGCUGCUCGUGCUGGCCUUCACCGUGUUCACGUACAACCUGCCCGUGGCGUGGAUCAUCUUCUUCACGGCAGCGUCGUUCAACAGAAGCCCUCCGUGGGGGGAGUGUGGACACGAGUACAACUCACCGAGGUGUGUCUCGUUGGCCAGCAAUGUAAGCAUCGUGCAUGAUGUGGAGGAGGUCAACAUCAGCAUUGGUUCUUCCUCACAGCAGAAACGAUACUUGCUAGAAGAGGCGUCAAGUAAUGACAGCGACAUUGCGUCUGCUGAAGAAGAGCUUCAUCUAACACAGUGGCGUAAUGUAUCCAGCAGUGCAGAGUUUUUCUUCUGCAAUGUGCUCGGACUGUGUGACCAGUCUUCGCAAAGUCUGGGCGUAUUGCGCUGGGACAUCGUACUCUGCAUGCUGGCUGCGUGGCUGCUCGUCGCCGCCUGCAUCUUCAGGGGCAUCACGUCUGUCGGCAUGAUCCUCCACUUCACCGUCAUCUUCCCCUACGUUGUGCUCGUCAUUCUCCUCUUCCCGGCGGUUCUGUACGACGGCGCCAUGAAGGGCAUCCAGUUCUACGGCACGUUCAACGUCUCUCUCCUCUGGAGCUCAAGCCUGUGGUCAGACGCAGCCUCGCAGAUUUUCUUCUCCCUUGGCAUCAGCCACGGAGAUGUUAUCAGUUUAGCCAGUUUUAACCGGUUCCGCAACAACUGUAUGCGUGACGCAAUUCUUUUAGCCGUGGUGGACACUGUAACAUCAAUUCUAGCCGUGCUAGUGGUCUUCGCAAUGCUUGGGGUUACGGCGAACCAGCUGGGACAAGAGAUCAACAGCACCCACAAACUCGGACUGGGACUGGCGUUUGUGACUUAUCCAGAAGCUCUUCUGCACACGCCUUAUCCAUCGGUCAUCAGCGUCCUUUUCUUCGUCAUGCUCAUCACCAUGGGCCUGGACUCGCAGUUCACCAUGGUGGAGAUGCUGUCAGUGGCAGUUGUCGAUGAGUGGCCAAGACUUCGUCCGCAGAGACACUGGAUCUCCAUGGGAGUAUGUGCCGCCUUCUUCGCUGCCAACCUCUGCAUGUGCUUGGAUGGUGGCGUGCGUGUGUUUGUACUCUUCGACCACUUCGCCUUCUCGUUCUCGCAGUUUGCCGUGGCGCUGCUGGAAAUCCUCGCCGUCGGAUGGGCCUUCGGAGCCGAGCGGGUUCUCGAUCUGAUGAGCUCCGAGAUGAAGAUCCCGAUGUCGCAGUGGGUGAAACUCUACUGGCGGCUGGCGUGGCGGUUCGCUGCGCCAGUGGUCCUGGUGGCAGUCCUGGGAAGCACCGUCGCCUUCCACGGACGUGUCAGCUUUACGGCUGGUGAUACGAGGCUGGUGUUUCAGCCUUGGGAGGACGGGAUUGGCCUGGUGCUGAUGCUGGCGCCGGCAGUGCUGGUGGUGCUGACGGCACUGUGGGUGAUGGGGAAACAGUGGCGACGUGGUGGAACUCUGAAGGAGGUUCUGCAUCCCACUGCUGACUGGGGACCUGCGCAAGUGGAACGGCACGCGGGAACGUUUGAGGGAGGCAGUGGUGUGGCAAAUGGCAAUCAAUUCGGUAACCUGCGGAACAUAUAUCUCGCGAGGUUAGGACACACCGUUCCUCUGGCUGCCAUCAGCAGGAGGACGGGCCUCGCGUCACGCUUUGGACCUGUCCAGUUCAACGCACCAAAUGUUCCUGUAAGACAUCUUGGUGACAGUCUAUGCAUGACAGACCUUGGUAACGUGAGAUAUGCUAGCAGGUCACCUGAUGAACUUUGCGUUGACAGGAGCACCAGAUCAACAGAUGCUAGGCUAGAAAACGGAGUGGAUAGCACCAACGGCAGAGACCAUGUCAUAUUUAGUGCAAGGGGCGAUGCUAUCACAGAAACUAGCCAUGUAGACCAUCGAUCGUCUGAACGAAGCCGGAGUGAUUGUCCUUUGGCUGGUGUUGAUAACCUGGGGUUCGAGCGCCAGUGAUAAUUGCAAUCGAGAUCUGGAGAUCAAGAGAUCUAAAAAUAUUUUCCUAGUACCACGAGGAUAAGUGUCGGAGAUUUAGGAAAAUGGGACAGAGCGAACAGUGGAGACUGAAUAUUUGUGAAAGGAAUAACGUCUUAUGUGAACACCACAUCCUCAUUCACUGGAGCGAAGUACAAAUGUGAUCUACCCGCUACCAAUGUAUACCUACCUACCUACAGAAGAAAUGAAGAAUUCUCACAUGUGCCAGUCAAUACUGUAUGUGAAUGCCCAAGUACCUACCCUCUUUCUUAGGUAGUGCGACUAUUGUAUCUCCAGUAGUACCUAUGAUAAGAAGCUACACAGGUCUUUCAUGGUUCUUUGUUUGCAAGUAAUGUGUAAUUGUAUGCUGCAUCAUUAUGUGCAUUUGAUUUUGGGCGUGACGUAUAUUUUGACAACUACAUAUUUUACGCGCAUUGUGGCUUACAGUGACAUGGGCAAUGGGCAUGGCAACUAGCUCCCACGUAUUAGAGGUGUAUUUAGCUUGUAAAUGAAUGAAAAAAUCAUAAAAUGGGAACCUUUUGUUCUUCCAACAGUCAUAGCAUUUCCCUUGAAAUAUCUCAGCAGGAAGGUGCGGGCAUUGGGCAUGUUCGCCCAUCUUUGUACUCAAUGAUAUUUUGUUACUCGUAGAAGACGAAUAAACGUCAUAAUUAC